AUGGACAGGUCCAAUCAGACCUCCCCCCUGGUGGGGUUCGUUCUCCUGGGCCUCUCAGCCCACCCAAGGCUGGAGAAAACAUUCUUUGUGUUCAUCCUGUCCAUGUACCUGGUGACACUGCUGGGCAACGGGGUCCUCAUCCUGGUGACCACCCUUGACUCCCGCCUACACAAGCCCAUGUACUUCUUCCUGAGGAACCUCUCCUUCCUGGACAUCUGCUACACAGCCUCCUCCGUCCCCCUCAUCCUUGACAGCUUCCUGACCCCCAGGAAAACCGUCUCUUACUCAGCAUGUUUUGGGCAAAUGUUUCUCUCCUUUGCCAUGGGAGCCACAGAGUGUGUGCUUCUGGGCAUGAUGGCGUUUGAUCGCCAUGUGGCCAUCUGCAACCCCCUGAGGUACCCCAUGGUCAUGAGCAAGGCUGCCUACGUGCCCAUGGCUGCUGGCUCCUGGGCAGCUGGUAUCACCAACUCUGUAGUUCAGACAUCCCAGGCUGUGAGGCUGCCCUUCUGUGGGGACAAUGUCAUCAACCACUUCACCUGUGAGAUCCUGGCUAUCCUGAAGUUGACCUGUGCUGACAUCUCCAUCAAUAUAAUCAGUAUGGUGGUGGCCAAUGUGAUCUUCCUGGGGGUCCCAGUUCUGUUCAUCUUUUUCUCCUAUGUGUUCAUAAUUGCUACCAUCCUGAGGAUCCCCUCAGCAGAGGGGAGGGAAAAGGCCUUCUCCACCUGCUCUGCCCAUCUCACAGUUGUGCUUUUCUCCUAUGGGACCAUCCUCUUCAUGUAUGGGAAGCCCAAAUCCAAGGACUCCCUGGGGGCAGACAAACAGGACCUUGCAGACAAGCUCACCUCCCUCUUCUAUGGAGUGGUGACCCCCAUGCUCAACCCCAUCAUCUACAACCUGAGGAACAAGGAUGUGAAGGCCUCUGUGAGGGACCUGGUUCAUGAGAAACGCCUAACUGAGUGA